AUGCGAUUGGAUCGCUGGUUCGAUUAUGAAAGUGGACAUGCAUGGUGUGAGAGCGCUUACAAAUAUCAAAUUAUUUCGAUUGUUGCUGAAUUCGCUAAUACCAUAACAAAUUUACCAUUGAUAAUGUUACCACUUGUGAAUAUUCUCUUAAUAAGACCAUAUAUUGAGACGGUUAAUUGGAUUGUAAUUAUGCCUCAUAUCCUUCUUACAAUAAAUGGUAUCGCAUCUAGUUAUUAUCAUGCCACCCUCAAUCUUUUUGGUCAGCUAGUUGAUGAAAUUAGCAUAUUAUGGUUAUUGAUGAUGUGCUUGGCUGCUUAUUUUCCAGUUUUCAGUUUCUACCCACAACAUUAUCACAAAUAUAUUGGUAGAGUACGUUGUGCGAUAGCGGCAAUGGCUGUUGUGGUCAGUACUUUUUGUUUUGUGAAACCAUCACUAAAUUCACUGGUACUAAUGUUAUGGUCUAUCCCGGGUAUCGCUAUCAUUCAUUAUGAAGCGCCUAAUGCUGGUAUUCCUGAAAUCACCGGCUUUCCACGGAAAAUAUCAAUAUUGUGGAUCGCUGCUUCCAUUUGUUGGGUAUCUGAUCGUAUGUUCUGUGAUUUCUGGCUUCUUUUAGGAACACCGUAUUUCCAUGCACUAUUUCAUUUGUUGAGCAGUUUGGCGGCUUAUAACGUUUUCAUCAUGUUUUCAUUGAUUGACAUCUGUAGGAGCAGCGACAAACAUCAAUACAGCUGUCGCAUAAAACAUUUUCCAGAAAAUGGACUUAUUAAGCUACCAUAUAUUGUCCUUAAUGUUGGCUAUAAAUAUCUGUGA